AUGGCCUCCGUCUCCGACCCUCGCACCCGCAAGCCCGCCGCCGCCGCCGCCGCGCGCGCGCCUCCGCGGGACUUCCUGGCCCACCUGGAGGCCUACCUGGCCCGCCGCGACGGCGUCGACAAGCUGCUCAAGAUCUCGCGCUACGCCGCGCGCCUCGCGCUCGCCGCGGGGCCUCCUCUACCCCCGGCCGCCUCCGCGCGGCUCAAGGCCUUCGAGUCCAGCGUCGGGCUCAGCCGCAAGGCCUUCCGCCUCGGCAAGUUCGUGCAGGACGUCAACGCCCUCCGCGCCGGCCCCCUCCCUCUCCCGCCGCCCCUCGUGCUCCUCGCCUACGGCGGCGAGGGCGUCUACUACUUCCUCGAGCAGUUCGUCUGGCUCGCCAAGGCCGGCCUCCUGCCCGCGCACCUCCUCCCGCACCUCCAGCGCCUCAGCGCCUGGGCCGAGCUGCUCGGCUACGUCGGCUCCAUCACAAUCAAACUCAAAGAAGUGGCCAAGAUGGAGUCCUCCAUCAACACGAUGCGGCUCAAGCAGGGCUGCGGGGAGGAGGAAAACGAGGCCGUGAGGACUAUUCAGGGGAAGCUGCUGCUGAAGCGGCUCUCCGUUGUGCAGGACGUGGCGGACGCGUUCAUGGCGCUAGGGGACGUCACGGACGGGAAGGGGAUGCUCGGUAGCUCCACGCUCACCGCGUCCGCCGGACUGCUGUCGGCGCUCAUCAGCACGCACAAGAACUGGAAGUCUUGCUGAAAACCUCGAGGUAUACAACACAGUUGACAAUAGGAUGAAAUAAAGCUCAAAAUUGAGGCGAAACACUGUAUUGAUAAAUGAUGAAAAUAGUGGCUUCUGGAAUCUGGAUGCCGAGGAUGUUGGUGGUACGGAUGAAAUUCAUGCUCAUGCAUUUGGUUGGGAACAACUGCUGAUGCUGCUCAUGAUAGAUUUCAGAAAAAUCAAUUGGAAUGUCUUGUUAUGUGCGUUAA